UGUGGCUGUGGAGGGGCGUGGUUUGUGCUGUUAGUGUUAUGGUGAGGGGCGUGGCCGGGGCCCGAGCUGGCUUUGUCCUGUGCGGCGGGUGUUCGGGUUAGCGGAGCGGCUGGAGCCAUGUCUUUCAUCCCGGGACAGCCGGUCACCGCGGUGGUGGUGAGCUGGGGAAUGGGUUAUAGCUGGGGGAGGGGGGUACACUGAGUGACCGAACCUUCAACCACCACCCAAACUUUACCAGUAACCUCACCGGGAACAUCCACACUGCAUCCCCACUGCUACCAACACCCUACACUGCCACCACCAUCCCCACUGCCAACACCCAAACUUUACCAGUAACCUCACCGGGGACAUCCACACUGCCACCACCAUCCACACUGCCACCAACACUGCCACCACCCAAACUUUACCAGUAACCUCACCGGGAACAUCCACACUGCCACCACCAUCCCCCACUGCCACCAACACUGCCACCAACACUGCCAACACCCAAACUUUACCAGUAACCUCACCGGGAAUAUCCACACUGCCACCACCAUCCCCCACUGCCACCAACACUGCCACCAACACUGCCAACACCCAAACUUUACCAGUAACCUCACCGGGGACAUCCACACUGCCACCACCAUCCACACUGCCACCAACACUGCCACCAACACUGCCACCACCCAAACUUUACCAGUAACCUCACCGGGAACAUCCACACUGCCACCACCAUCCCCCACUGCCACCAACACUGCCACCACCCCCACUGCCACCACCCAAACUUUACCAGUAACCUCACCGGGAACAUCCACACUGCCACCACCAUCCCCCACUGCCACCAACACUGCCACCACCCCCACUGCCACAAACACUGCCACCACCCAAACUUUACCAGUAACCUCACCGGGAACAUCCACACUGCCACCACCAUCCACACUGCCACCACCCAAACUUUACCAGUAACCUCACCCAGGGACACAUCCACACUGCCACCACCAUCCACACUGCCACCAACACUGCUACCCACCCCACUGCUACAAACACUGCCACCACCCAAACUUCUUACCAGUAACCUCACUGGAACAUCCACACUGCCACCACCAUCCCCCACUGCCACCAACACUGCCACCACCACCCCCACUGCUACAAACACUGCCAAGCACCACCCAAACUUUACCAGUAACCUCACCGGGAACAUCCACACUGCCACCACACCUAUCCCCCCACUGCCACCACCCCCACUGCCACCACCCAAACUUUUACCAGUAACCUCACCGGGAACAUCAACACUGCCCCCCCACUGCCACAAACACUGCCACCAAUUUCACUGCUACAACACUCAAGCACCCAGCCCCACUGCCACAAACACUGCCACCACCCAAAUCCUGUACUCAGUAACCUCAGCACUGGAACAUCCACACUGCUACCACCAUCCACACCAAGGCCACCACCCAAACUUUUACGGGUAACCUCACCAGGACAUCCACACUGCCACCACCAUCCACACUGCCACCACCCAAACCCCACCAGUAACCUCACCAGGGACAUCCACACUGCCACCACCAUCCACACUGCCACCACCCAAACUUUACCAGUAACCUCACCGGGGACAUCCACACUGCCACCACCAUCCACACUGCCACCACCCAAACUUUACCAGUAACCUCACCAGGGACAUCCACACUGCCACCACCAUCCCCCACUGCCACCAACACUGCCACCACCCCCACUGCCACAAACACUGCCACCACCCAAACUUUACCAGUAACCUCACCGGGGACAUACACACUGCAUCCCCACUGCUACCAACACCCUACCCUGCCACCACCAUCCCCACUGCCACCACCACCAUCCCCACUGCCAACACCCAAACUUUACCAGUAACCUCACCGGGGACAUCCACCCUGCCACCACUGCUACCAACACUGCCAACAUCCUACACUGCCACCACCAUCCCCACUGCCAACACCCAAACUUUACCAGUAACCUCACCAGGAACAUCCACCCUGCCACCACUGCUACCAACACUGCCAAUAUCCUACACUGACACCACCCCCACUGCCACCACCACCAUCCACACUGCCAACACCCAAACUUUACCAGUAACCUCACCGGGGACAUCCACCCUGCCACCACUGCUACCAACACUGCCAACAUCCUACACUGCCACCACCAUCCCCACUGCCAACACCCAAACUUUACCAGUAACCUCACCGGGAACAUCCACCCUGCCACCACUGCUACCAACACUGCCAACAUCCUACACUGCCACCACCCACACUGCCACCACCAUCCCCACUGCCAACACCCAAACUUUACCAGUAACCUCACCGGGGAUAUCCACACUGCAUCUCCACCAACAUCCCCACUGCCACCAACACUGCCACCACCCCCACUGCCACAAACACUGCCUCCACCCAAACUUUACCAGUAACCUCGCCGGGGACAUCCACACUGCAUCCCCACUGCUACCAACACCCUACACUGCCACCACCAUCCCCACUGCCACCACCACCAUCCCCACUGCCAACACCCAAACUUUACCAGUAACCUCACCGGGGACAUCCACCCUGCCACCACUGCUACCAACACUGCCAACAUCCUAUACUGCCACCACCAUCCCCACUGCCAACACCCAAACUUUACCAGUAACCUCACCGGGAACAUCCACCCUGCCACCACUGCUACCAACACUGCCAACAUCCUACACUGCCACCACCAUCCCCACUGCCACCACCCAAACUUUACCAGUAACCUCACCGGGGACAUCCACCCUGCCACCACUGCUACCAACACUGCCAACAUCCUAUACUGCCACCACCAUCCCCACUGCCAACACCCAAACUUUACCAGUAACCUCACCGGGAACAUCCACCCUGCCACCACUGCUACCAACACUGCCAACAUCCUACACUGCCACCACCCACACUGCCACCACCAUCCCCACUGCCAACACCCAAACUUUACCAGUAAUCUCACCGGGGAUAUCCACACUGCAUCUCCACCAACAUCCCCACUGCUAACACUGCCACCACCACCACCAUCCACACUGCCACCACCCAAACUUUACCAGUAACCUCACCGGUAACAUCCUACACUGCCAACAUCCUACACUGCCACCACCCCCACUGCCACCACCCAAACUUUACCAGUAACCUCACCGGGGAUAUCCACACUGCAUCUCCACCAACAUCCCCACUGCCACCACCACCACCAUCCACACUGCCACCACCCAAACUUUACCAGUAACCUCACAGGGAACAUCCACACUGCCAACAUCCUACACUGCCACCACCCCCACUGCCACCACAAACUUUACUAGUAACCCUCACCGGGAUAUCCAAUGCAUCUCCAAACACACCCCACUGCCACCACCCCACCACCACCACCAUCCACACUGCCACCACCCAAACUUUACCAGUAACCUCACCGGGGACAUCCACACUUCCACCACCAUCCCCAUUGCCACCACCACCACCAUCCCCACUGCCACCACCACCAUCCUGCAUCCCCACUAUCAUCCUGCACCCCCACUGCCACCACCCAAACUUUACCAGUAACCUCACCAGGGACAUCCACCCUGCCACCACCAUCCCCACUGCCACCACCAUCCUGCAUCUACACUGCCACCAUCCCCACUGCUACCAACAUCCCCACUGCCACCAUCCAAACUUUACCAGUAACCUCACCGGGGACAUCCACACUGCCAACACCAUCCCCACUGCCACCACCCAAACUUUACUAGUAACCUCACGGGGGACAUCCACACUGCCAACACCAUCCCCACUGCCACCACCCAAACUUUACUAGUAACCUCACCGGGGACAUCCACACUGCCAACACCAUCCCCACUGCCACCACCCAAACUUUACUAGUAACCUCACCAGGGACAUCCACACUGCCAACACCAUCCCCACUGCCACCCCCACUGCCACCACCCAAACUUGACUAGUAACCUCACCGGGGACAUCCACACUGCCACCACCACCCACACUGCCACCACCAUUCACACUGCCACCACCCAAACUUUACAAGUAACCUCACCGGGGACAUCCCCACUGCCACCAACACUGCUGCCACCCCCACUGCCAACACUGCCACCACCACUGCCAACACCCCCACUGCCACCACACAAACUUUACCAGUAACCUCACCGGGGACAUCCCCACUGCCAACACCAACAUCCUGCAUCCCCACUGCCACCACCACCUAAACUUUACCAGUAACCUCACCGGGGACAUCCACCCUGCAUCUCCACCACCAUCCCCACGGCCAACACUGCCACCAUCAUCCCCACUGCCACCACCAACAUCCACACUGCCACCACCACCACCAUCCACACUGCCACCACCCAAACUUUACCAGUAACCUCACCGGGGACAUCCCCACUGCCACCACCACUGCCACCACACAAACUUUACCAGUAACCUCACCGGGGACAUCCCCCCUGCCAACAUCCUGCAUCCCCACUGCCAACAUCCCCACUGCCACCACCACCCAAACUUUACCAGUAACCUCACCAGGGACAUCCACACUGCCACCACCAUCCCCACUGCCACCACCCAAACUUUACCAGUAACCUCACCGGGGACAUCCACCCUGCAUCUCCACCACCAUCCCCACUGCCAACACUGCCACCAUCAUCCCCACUGCCACCACCACCACCCCCACUGUCACCACCAUCCACACUGCCACCACCCAAACUUUACCAGUAACCUCACCGGGAACAUCCACCCUGCAUCUCCACCACCCCCACUGCCAACACUGCCACCACCAUCCCCACUGCCACCACCCAAACUUUACCAGUAACCUCACCGGGGACAUCCACCCUGCAUCUCCACCACCAUCCCCACUGCCAACACUGCCACCAUCAUCCCCACUGCCACCACCAACAUCCACACUGACACCAACACUGCCACCACCACCACCCCCACUGUCACCACCAUCCACACUGCCACCACCCAAACUUUACCAGUAACCUCACCGGGAACAUCCACCCUGCAUCUCCACCACCCCCACUGCCAACACUGCCACCACCAUCCCCACUGCCACCACACAAACUUUACCAAUAACCUCACCGGGAACAUCCACCCUUCCACCAACACUGCCACCACCAUCCCCACUGCCACCACCCCCACUGCCACCACCAUCCCCACUGCCAACACUGCCACCACCCAAACUUUACCACUAACCUCACCGGGGACAUCCACCCUGCAUCUCCACCACCAUCCACACUGCCAUUACCCAAACUUUACCAGUAACCUCACCGGGGACAUCCACACUGCCACCACAAAAACUUUACCAGUAACCUCACCGGGGACAUCCACACUGCCACCAACACUGCAACCACCCCCACUGCCACCACCCAAACUUUACCAGUAACCUCACCAGGGACAUCCACACUGCCACCAGCACUGCCACCACCCAAACUUUACCAGUAACCUCACCGGGGACAUCCACCCUGCAUCUCCACCACCACCCCCACUGCCAACACCCCCACUGCCACCACCCAAACUUUACCAGUAACCUCACCGGGAACAUCCACACUGCCAACACCAACAUCCUGCAUCCACACUGCCACCACCACCCCCACUGCCACCACCCAAUCUUUACCAGUAACCUCACCGGGGACAUCCACACUAUCCCCACUGCCACCAACAUCCCCACUGCCACCCCCACCCCCAACAUCCCCACUGCCGCCGCCCCCACUGCCGCCACCCCCAUCCAUCCCCACUGGCACUACCAUCCCCACUGGCAACACUAUCCCGUAUCACCACCACUAUCCCCACUGCUAGCUCUAAGUAAUACUGCACCCAUCUUAUAGCUAAACAGCCUCCUAUGUCGAUCCCCCUCCUCCCACCUAUCUCCUGUAACUACACAGUAAGCUCCCUGCACAUCUUCCCUAUAUCACUACACAGACCUUAAAAUAAUACACAGCCCCCUAUAUAACUACACAGUGAGCGCCUUUGCAGAGUCUCCCUGUGCAACUACAGUUAGCCCCCCUAUAUAACUACACAGUGAGCCGCCUCACUAUGACACUCAAUCCAUACCGUUAUAUAUAUACACACACACACUCUCUCUCAAACAAACUCCACACCUGUCCUCUGUACCCCCAUAUCCACUCCAAACCUUUCAUUUAUACCCCCGAACCACUCCACAUCUGCCAUCUGAUACCUCAAACCCACUUCACACCUGCUGUCUACACCCCUAAUCAAUCCACACCUGUCAAUUAUCUAUACACCUGGGACCCAAUCCACACCCGUCAUCUGUACUGACUCCAUCCACUCCACACCCACCAUCUUUAAACACACAGAUCCACUCUGAACCUGAUAUCUUAAUUCUAACCCCUCCACCCCCCAAUCGGAACCCCCCUUAGACACACUUAUCACCUGGCAUCGGAACUGUUAGACCCACUCCACACCUGCUGUGUCCACCUGACUCCUGAGAGAGUAGUUUUAAAACAUCUGGAAUGCUAGUUGGCCAUUACUUGUGUAACAUAACCAGGUUCUAUAGAUUCAGUCUGUCAACCAGGCCAGUGGCUUGUGAGGUCUUGAAAUAUUUGCUGAACUGCCUGGGGAAAACUAGUAUUUUACUUAAGAAUGUCCUCAAAGAUAUUGCAUUUGAAUUUUUUUAUUUUUUUUACUGCUGGGUGUUCUUACUGAGCAUGUUCUGCAAAUCUCUAAAAUAAUCAUUUCAAGAUACGUGUUCUUUAGUACAAUAGAUAAUUGUUAUUCAUUAUAAUUUUCAUGCUAUGCUCGUAGAUCAGUCAAAUCAUUCGUAUUCUGACACCUUACUUCUAAUGUACUUUAUUGUGUAUUUUACCUGUGGAGUUUCCUAUAAUGAAUGGCAGUUAAGUGAACCUGGUUCAUGUGUAUUAUUCACUUGGCUGCUGUCAUGCUGUGUAAAUCUUUUCUUAGGCCUCUACUUAUACAGAUGUUGUUUCACUGUGCAAUGUGUCAUAUUCCGAUGAUAUGCAGCGGCGUGACGGUCUAUAUUCGGGGUCGUUGUGUAUUUUAUAAAAAAAAAAACCCUGGUUGUGAUUUUGCCAUUUGAGGUGCAUUGACAUGGGGUUGAGUCCCCUGCAAAUGUUUUCAACUGCAGCUUCGGCAUCGUCUUCCUCUGUCUGUAGCCUAUGUCAGUGCGGCACUCUCGAUGACUGUGGGAAUUGAAAGUACUUGGCAACUGAAGCUCUGCCUUUUUUAAAAAUGUUAUCAACUUGAAGCUUUAUCAGAAGACAAAGUAGUCCCCACUUGAUCUCGUGAUGUCUUUUGACUGAGUGGAAAUUUCAAGUUCCAAAGCAGACUUUUUGAGCACUUCAUAAAAAAAUUGUAUCCUAAUUAAAUGUUCAAAAGAACAAAUUAUGACAGAGCUAAUUGAACAUUUAAAAAAUUUUUUAAAGGGAUCUAGAUGACGUUAAGACACUAGCUCAGUGACCCAUUCUUCAACUGUAAAAUGAACUCUGUACCCAUUUUUCAAGUGCCACGUGUUUUUUAUGAUAGUAAUUUUGCAAAACACGUUGUAGUAAGACUUUUGUCAAUGCCAUAGGGGGUCUCCAUUGGCUGCUGUAGUGACAUUCACUUCCUGCAACUUAUUAUGAGCACUUAUGUGGGGCAUGAUGAAUGAUUUGCUCCAACAAUUUGAGGACCUAAUUAAAUAGCAUGGGCGUCUGUAUUUGGGUGCUUACCCAAGAGAGAAGCCAAUACUGUUCCGCCAAUGCUACUCACGCUUUUGGAAUCAGCUUUUUUUUAGUUUGUGCAGUUAUGUUUGUGCUGUACACAUGUCAGGCGAUCAAAGGUUCGCACUACAGGCUGCCCUUCCCUUUUCAUAUUGGUGUAAUGUUUAAGGAAGGCUUACUAAUCUGAGCGCACCUUUGUGUGUAUAUGAUUUUAUCUACAGAUAGAAAAUGGCUAUAGUAAAGAGCAGACAUGUAGCUUUUAAAGGGAAACUGACAAAGGAAAAUGUUUACUCUCUCCAGUUAGGAACUAUUAAAGGUCUGUUUCAAGGGUCAGCAACCUAUGGCACUUGAGGUGUCUUUGCACGGCACUUAAGGGUGCCAGAACCAAACUCUGGCCUACUAGGAGUCCCGGUGGGACUUCAGAUAUCUGCCAAUUCAAACUAAGCAGUGAUUGCAGAGGUUGAGGGGCAAUCCUCAAUUUAUAUAUUGCAUCACUUGGAGGAAGUGAUCUCAGAAAACCUGUGAAUGGGAAGAUAAACUGGAGUAGAGCAGCCUGCAGCAACUAUCACUGCUCCUGGCCUGCCCGGUCCCCACUGGGAAGCCAACCACACUGCUAGAUAUACAGAGAGCUGCAGAAUAAGCCUCCCCCUCAUAUAUUUAAUACAAACAGCCCACACACAAACGCAGUUCCUCAAACACUCCACUGACAAUCAACAUACACACGCAUGACCAAACAAGCAGCCUCUCACAUGCAGCCCCACACAUAUACAGACCACCAAACACACAAUAUGACAAUCAACCACACACAAUUUCACAAGCAGCCCCCAUACACAGCCCACAUUCAUAUGUAUCAAACGCAAUACCACAAACUACUUAUGAAUAUAUAUAGUAGAACAGCCCACAUAUGCACAUAUAUAACCCUACAAAGUAACUGCAGCACACCUAAAUACCACAAGCACAAUACGGUAACAUACACACUGCGGUCAAAAAAAUAAAAUAGGACUAGCACACCAAAGGACUUCAAGAUCUUAUUUUGGCACAGUACUACUAAAAUUCUGCUUACCCCAUGUCAAUUCUGUUAGUCUGACCCAUUGAAACCCUAACCUGGUGUAGGCGUUAUUCGGUACACCAGAUUUUGUGGACUACAUUUCUUAUAAUGUUCUUACAGCCAUAAUGCUGGCAAAGCAUCAGGGGAGAUGUAGUCCAUAAUAUCGAACGUGCUCAAGGUUGCCUACACCUGUGUGUAACAUGAUGUAGACUGUCCUUCUGAUUAGGUGGGUGAUAUAGAGUUGCUGAAGGCAAAUCAUUGAUAUAGGCUUUGCUUGUAUUUCUUCUAAGUCUGUGAAAAUGGCAUGUAUUGUCAUUGAGUCCAAAGGAGUUAAUGCUUCUUGACAAAACCAAUGUUAUCAUUAAAGGGUCACUCAAAGCUGACCCUGUAGUAGUUAUGGUGACAGGAGCACCCCACUCCCCUCCAAUGGAAGUAGUCAAACCAUUUAGUAAUGGUUUGACUUUUUUUUACCAGGGGUCUGCUGGGUGGUUUCCCACCUACUAUCAUGCCAAAGUAAGAGUAUUUGGCUGCUGCCUUAAGCUCCCAUAAGCUCUCCUGGUCGAACUCUGUAGGGCAGUGCCACCUCAUUGACUGCAACGCCAGUCUUCGCACAGAGCUGAGAGUUUCCAGCUGAGAGGAGAAAGGGAGCAGAGACUCCCAGGUAAUGGGACCGUAGGUGUAAGGGGUCAAACAAUUACUAAACAGUUUGACUACUUGUAUUUGAGAUAGCACUAUGGCAUUCCUUGCACUAUAAUAACUACAGACCAUUGUAGUGGUUAUGGUGUUUGGAGUGUACUUCAAUAGACUUUCUUGGCAUUACUAUACAGUCAAUUUAUGUAUCUGCGUAUAAAGCUCUAACCUUUCCAUCAAAGUAUUUAAAUGAACACUCCACACAUUUAAAGCACUUCAGCUUUCUGCAGUGCUUUGUCAGUAUAUGCUCAUUUUAAUAGCAGUUUGCAAAAGUGCAGAAUUCUAUUUGAAAGCAGCACUUGUAUAAAAAAAAAUUUAAAAAAAAUUUAAAAAAUUCAGAAACGCCUACUUGGCUGUCACAGGGCUAAUUUUACUUCUGUAUCACUGGCUGGUCCCUGCAUUCUGUGGCUUGCCGCGCACAUGGUUUUAAAUCAGUCUUUUCAGUGAACAGCCUUUGGUCAUUUCCCCGGCACUGACUAAAAGUCUGGCCUGGGGAAAUGGGGAAGAACUUGCAAAGGCUCCAGACCAAAGACCCUCAAUAAAAAAUGCAUACUUACAUACAUGUUUCAUUGGAGGUAUAUCUACAAAGAGUGAUUUUAUUUUUUUUCCCGACAGCGGAGUUUCCCUUUAAAUUAUUGCCUGGCAUUAAAUUCAAUAAGCUUUCCAGACAAACCAGACAGAAAAAAAUGUUUGUUUUUUUCUACAGGAACCAGGAAAUAUAGUGGUUGUCAGUCAGCCAUUGCUCUUCCAUUGUUUUAAGUGGAAGUGCAGGGCAUAUGCUGAUCACAGAUUUAUGGGAUAUGUAGUUUUGUGAACAAUGUGAAUACAAACUACUUUUGGAACAAGUAUCUGCAGGCUGGAUUUUGUUAGCUUGCACAGUUUUUAUUUCUUAUUGAUAAUGCUACUCACGGCUACAGUUCACACACUCUCACAGAGGGCUGUAAGAGAACCCAUUCAAGUUACUUAAAAUAAUUUCUACAGUGCCAAAAUAUUCUGCAACACCGUACAAUAGGUAAAACAGGAUGAUUACUUGGUACAUAGGAUGUUUGAGUUUGACGUUCUCAUUUAGUGCAUGUAGAAACUGAAUGCAAUCAACAUAUAAGACGUACAACCAGGGCACCACGGCCCUGCUGCCUUUACAUAGUAGGGCAUGGCGGCACACCUGCUGUGAUUCUUUAUACAAGGAUCAGGAUGAUGGAAGACAGAGAAACUCCUUGCACUAUAACCUAUAUACAGAGCAUAAAACAGACUUUGAUAAAUCCAUGGAGACACAGAAAUUAACCAGGAGCUUGUGAAUUACCAAUACAAAGUGUAAAGUCCUUUGAUUAACCCUCAGUUUUGAUCCAACUGCCUGCAGCCGUAUUUUGGGUUGAGUUUAGUGGUAUAGAUACUUUAUCCAUUAUGUUUUAUUAACUAUGAUAAAGUUGGGGUGCCACGGUGCAGGUGACCCCAUUGGGCUGCCGUGACAACGAAAACCCGAGUGCAUCUGCAGCCUCUUCUCCUUACUCUGGUUCCAUUUCCCCCUCAACACGCGACAGAAGACACGUUCAAAAUACCUCACAGAUAGGAUAACCGACGCACAUCACGGGACCCCCUGAAAGACGAGGAAAACCUGAGUCAGGGGACAUGGACUGCACAAAUUAAAGUUCAGGCAAAACACACCUAACACAACACAACCCAACCAACAACUAAUAGAUAGAUAGAUAAAACGAGCAAAACCCAGAGCGACACUGGGACACUCACCCCAAGAACGGGGGGGGGGGGAAUAACAGGAUAGUAAGAGACCCAACCCAUACAGACUUGAGGCAAGCGGCAAUGGGCCUGAGACAACUAGGGGGUAGGGCCGGUCACGGCAACACAAACAAAAUCCGGGAGAGAUGAGACCCCCGCCAAACAGAGGAUAACUGACCACCACACACAAGCAGUGGAUGGGAGAGAGAGGGGGGGAGGUAAGGGAGCACACAUUUGGGAUAGCACAACCCAUAUCCUAGUAAACAUAGGGGACCGCUAAGAUAACAAGGGAGGGAAACACAAACGGUAGGGACGAGCCUGUAACGACCCAGUGAUCCAUGGUCAACAUGAAACUACCACCAAAGGCCAAACACGGCACUUCGGUGGUCCGCACUCAAAGAUUAGACCCACGCCCAUAUCCGACACACAAGCCCAGAAGAUAAACCGGCCGCAAUCAAACGGCAAGCCAAAGCCCCCACACUGUGAAGCCAUCUGCAGUUACGUGCCCUAAAACCAACUAUUGAGCUACAAGACAGGGAACCGUAACCAAAACGCACGAGUCAGGAUAGCAAGAGACGAAAAACUAUAGGCGGCCCACAACAAAGAGCAAAACGCAUACAACAGAAGCCCUGAACGACGUAAACACAUGGGUGAAGGGUCCUGGGUCCGUAACAACCUGUCCAAGGGAGGAGGUGGGGGGAGAUGGAGGGAGAGGGCUGUUACAAUGUUAAUAUACGAUUAUUGGGGGCGUGUAGCCUAAUUAUAACUCACUGUUAACUGUAUUUUUGCUUUGUUAUGAAAAGACAACCUGGAAAUCAAAUAAAGAUUGGAUUGUCAAAAAAUAACUAUGAUAAAGUUAGGUUGAUUAUAAGAUCGUAAGGUAUUGCCAUGUAUAAAAAUAGGCAUUAAUUCUCAGGAUGAAAAUAUAGUUUUGCUUCUUUAUAAAUUAAAGGGACACUCCAGGCACCCAGACCACAUCUGCCCAUUGGAGUGGUCUGGGUGCCAACUCCCACUACUCUUAACCCUGCAAGUUUAAUUAUUGUAGUUUUUUUUUUUUUAAACUGCAAUAAUUACCUUGCAGGGUUAACUCCACCUCUAGUGGCUGUCUACUAGAUAGCCACUAGAGGGCACUGCCUGCAUCAUAGCACAGAAAACCUGUGCUAGAGCGUUGCUGGACGUCCUCACGCUGUGUGAGGAUCUCCAGCGUCACUCAAUUCCCCAUAGGAAAGCAUUCCCCUAUGGGGAGCUCUAAUGCUGCCGCGCAUGCACAUUAGGUCUCCCCGGCCGGUGGGUGGGAUCAGUUUUGCCCACUGGCCGACGUAAUACGGAGGAGGAGCGGCGGCGGAGGAAGAAGCAGCGACGUGGGAUAUGUUGCUGCCUCUGGUAAGUUACUGAAGGGGUUUUCACCCCUUCAGCAACCAGGGAUUGGGGGAUGGGAGGGAGAGGGGACCUGCAGUGCCAGGAAAACGGAUUGUUUUCCUGGCACUGGAGCUUCCCUUUAAUGGUAAGACCACACCUUGAAAAUGCUGUGCAAUUUUGGGUACCUGUUCUAAAUCAGGAUAUUAUGACACUAGAAAAAGUGCCAUAAUAAAAGGAAUGGAAUAUUUUAGUUAUGAAGAAAGGUAAACUAAUUUAAACUUGUUUAGUUUGGAAAAAUGGUGACUCAGAGGGAAAUGAUAAAAUUAUACAAAUAUAUACAAACCAUUGGCUGGAACCUUAUUUAUAAACAGGACUAGACAUAGAAUACAAGGUCACUCAUUUAGACUUGGAAACAUGAGAUUUAGUCUAAGGCAAAGGAAAGGGUUUUUUUUACAGCAAGAACAAGGGUGUGGAAUUCUCUGCCUGAAGAGGUGGUUUUAUUCGAGUCUGUACAGAUGUUUAAACUGCAACUGGAUAAAAAACAUAAUAUGCAGGGAUAUCGUUUCUAAUUAGUGGGUCAUAGCUUCUUGAUCCAAGGCGAAAUCUGACUGGCAUUCUGGGGUAAAGAAGGAUUUGUUUCCUAGUUUGAUGCAAAAUUGGAAGCACUUCAAACUGAUGGUUUUUUGCAUUCUUUUUGAUCAACAGAAAAAACACGUGUGUCUAAACUUGACAAACACGUCUCUUUUCAGCCUAUGUAACUUUUGCAUGGCACUGCAGAUGUUAAAGUAGUUUACAUGCUUUGCAUGGUAGGACAUGUAAGUUUAAAAAUACACUAGUGAGAAUUUAAAAAGUAACUUAAAAGAAAAUGACACAGACAAGCUAUAGGGAACCACUAUGAGCUUGUACACAAAUCUCACUAGUGACCAUUCUACGUGUAGGUUUGUGUGUGAAUAAAUUAGUUUUUCUUUUAUUUGUUACACCAAAUCGCUUCUUUUUGCACUAUAUGUAACAUUCCAUGCACCGCUUUUAGAACUCCAGGCACCGCUUUUAAUCCAGAGAGCCCUUCCUUAUCUAUUAUCCAAAUAUUCUGGCUUCAGUCUGUAGGCAAACUAAAAAUAGCAUUCAAAGACUUACUUCAGCCAAGUCAUGGUACUUAUCACCACAGCUCGAGAGUCCUUUUAUAUUCAUCUUCUAGAAGAAUAAAGGAGCUUUGUGACAUUUUAGACGUAUUCUAAUAUAUUCCAGUAAUGGCUAACCUUUGGCACUGCAGAUGUUCUGGAAUACUUUUCCCAUGAUGCUCUGCCAGCUAUUGGGAUGAAACGAACAUGAUUUAUACAAAUAGUUCUACUUUUAGAUUUAUUUAUUUAUUUUUUGCUAAAUUUCGGCCAGAUUAGCCCAGUUUGGAAAACAGAUGGAUUUCAAUUCAUCUGUCUUGGAUCACGCUUUGGAAUUCUUGCUUCAGUUUACUACAAUUUAUAGAUAAAUCCCUAAAUAUAAAUGUGUAGCAUAGUAUAUUAUAUUAUAUUGUGGAGUUAUUUGCUAAACUGGGAAUUGCAACUUUUAAACCCCAAUAAAAAAUAAAUUUGAAAACGUAUCCAUUUCCUUUAUCAGUUCUUCUAAAUUUAGUGAGAAACUAAUCACUACAUUCUUGUCUAGAUCCUCGGUAGAUAGUUUCCAUCCCCCCAAUUCAUAGAUCAUUCCAUUUUGAUGUUGCAUGCUGACACAGAGUGCUGUUCUGCUGUUGCCUGGAUACAUUACAUUCACAGUGAUAACAGAGGCUGGGUUGCUUGCCUGCUCUCAGACCAGCCAGUUGGGGCAUGUCACAGCAUCGCAUAUAGAGUUAUUGCAAUAGAUUCCAGUUUACAAAGUUCACAAAGGCUUAUGGAUAUAUCCACUAGGAUCCAUAAGAGUUUCUGUAAAAUAGAGCAGUGGGACAAGCAGUUGUUUUACUCCCAAGUCUGUACCAGUUCCUGGGAGUUUAAGGUACGGAGAUAUCCUAACUGUCACGUAAAGGAGACACGCAAAAUAACUUUCCUUUUCCUUUCUUAUUAAAAAAGAAUAAACAAAAAAAAUGAAAAUCCAUAUUUCAUAUGGGAAAAACUGUGUCCUAUCGAUUUUUAUUUUCUUAUAGUAUGGAAUUUUACACUGUAUACAGAAUUUGGUUAAACAUUUAGGCAUACCAUGUCUCCAUCACAAUUUUAUCCAUGCAUCGAUCUGAAAAAACAAGUCUUUAAAAGUUUGAGUAGUAGAGUUGAUCCUAAAAUUGUAUAGUGCGUUGGGCUUAAUGCUGGUUUAAUCAUUACUUAUACAAGUGUAAAGAAUCUAACGAUGAUCACAAUAUUGUGCUCAUAUGGACACGUGCAGGAAAUGUACUAGCGAUGCUCUGUUCUUCACUCCUUAUCAUAGUUUGUCAUUAGAGAUAACCAAAAGGCUUUUCUUACAUACCAGCAUUACUGUGCAGAGCUUCCACUUUUUAGCGGAGUUUAUGGCAGAGUUUAGUCUUUCUGCAUUCUAGGGCAAUUUACAAUAUUGUCCGCUUCCCUUUCUGUAUCUCAUACACAUCAAUGCUUCAGUCUUCCUAGCCAUAUAUGGAGGCCAACGGCUACUUCAUACACCUUCCCUUUUUGGGAAAGCAGUCUAGACCCUACCUUAUUUCCAUUUUUUUUCUGUUUUAGAAAGAUCACUGUCCAAGCAACAAUUAGCGAUUAAUAUUAUUUGUUACUUACAGAAGAGGUGACUUAUCGGUGAGACUUAACAGAAAAAUAAAUACUCUAGACUGAAACUCAAUUUCUACUGAGGGAACCAGUAAAAUUGUAUAUGCUGCAUUGUAGAGUAAUGUAUUUUUAUUUUAUUUUUUUAUCUAAUUCAACUUUAGUAGAGAAAUAAUUGGUAUAUUACAAAUAACAUUUAAAACUUAGUAUAUGUAUCCUGAUUUUUUAUUUUUUUAUUUUUUUUUAAGCAACGGGUUGAAAUCCACAAACUUUGCCAGGGGGAAAACCUAAUUCUUGGUUUCAGCAUCGGAGGUGGCAUUGACCAAGAUCCUGCCCAGAACCCGUUUUCAGAGGACAAGACAGAUAAGGUGUGACCUCUUGUGAAAUGGACAUUCUGGGGGUAACAUAGGGAUGUUCUAUAUUAAAAGAAAUAAUAUUUUCAGAAUAGAAAGUGAUCAUAAUUAUAACAAUUCAAGCAUUUAGAAGACUGAUAUUAGACUGGGAUGUGAUUCACUGGUUAUUAAAGAUCUGGAAUGAUUUGUUAUAUCUGUUCAUUAAGGUUAAACUAUAAACCUGCUUGAGAUGAAUGUUUAAUAAUUUACCUUGUAUUGCAGGGCAUCUAUGUCACAAGAGUAAGCGAAGGAGGACCUGCAGAGGUGGCUGGACUUCAAAUGGGGGACAAAAUAAUGCAGGUAAUGCGUAGACCUCACUACAGACCUAGUGGAUAGAAAAUGAAAUCUAAAAAUAAAAACGUGCAACUGCUUCUGCUAAUGUCAUGCUACCAGUGCUCCUAAGUCAAGCAUGUCAAACUCACGCUAGCACGGGCCAAAUAAAAAGGUUUAAGUUUAUGUGGCCGCAAAAAAACCCCUUAAUCUUCUGAGAAAUGUAGGUUUAUUUUGAAAAAUACGAUAUAUAAAAAAAGCACCCUCCUCUACUAAAUCCCAGCAUCCCCCUCUACUAAAUCUCAGUCCCCCCUCUACUAAAUCUCAGUCCCCCCCCCACCUCUGCUAAAUCUCAGUCCCCCCACCUCUGCUAAAUCUCAGUCCCCCCCUCUAAAUCUCUCAGUCUCCCCCACCUCUGCUAAAUCUCAGUCCCCCCCUCUCUAAAUCUCUCAGUCCGUCCCCCCCUCUGCUAAAUCUCAGUCCGUCCCCCCCUCUCUGCUAAAUCUCAGUCCCCCCUCAGUCCGUCCCCCUCUCAGGUCCCCCCCUCUGCUAAAUCUCAGUCCGUCCCCCUCUGUCAAAUCUCUCUUUCAUCUGCUUCGUAAUCUCAGUCCCCCCCUGCUAAUCUCAGUCCAGUCCGUCCCCUCUGCUAAAUCUCAGUCCGCCCCCCUCUGCUCAUCUCAGUCCGUCCCCUCUGCUAAAUCUCAGUCCCCCCCUCUGCUAAAUCUCAGUCCGCCCUCUGCAGUCCGCCCCUCAGCAAUCUCUCCGCCCCUCUUCAAAUCUCUCAGUCCGCCCCUCUGCUAGUGCAACUCCUGCUGUAAAUCUCUCAGUCCGUCUCCCUCUGCUAAAUCUCAGUCCGCCCCUCUGCUAAAUCUCUCCGCUGGUCCCCAGUCCGCCCCCUCCCCCUAAAUCUCAGUCGCCCCUCUGCGCCCCCUCUCAGCAGUCCCCUCUGCAAUCUCAGUCCGUCCCCCUCUGCAAUCUCAGUCCUGCCCCUCUGCUAAAUCUCUCAGUCCGUCCCUCUGCUAAAUCUCAGUCCGUCUCGCCCCCUCUGAAAUCUCAGUCCGUCCCCCUCUGUGCGGUCAGUCCCCUCAGUGCCCCUCUCUAAUACUCAGUCCGCCCCUCUCUCUAGUCCCCCUCUCAAUCUGCCAUCUGUGCCGCCCUCUCGCGUAAAUCUGCCGCCGCCCCUCUCCGAAAUCUGCAUUCGCCGCCCCUUCUGCGAAUCUCGUCGCCGCCCCUCUGCGUAAAUCUGUCGUCCGCCCUCCGUAAAUCUCCGCGCCCUCUGUAAAUUCGUCGCCGCCCCUCUCUGUAAAUCUACCGCCGCCCUCUCUGGUAAAUCUGUCGCCGCCCCUCUAGCCCCCCCUCUCUAAAAAUAUCUUCGCCGCCCCUCUCUCUCUCUGGCGUAAAUUCGUGUCGCCGUAAAUUCUCCCCUCUAAAUCUGUCGCCGUAGUCGCCGCCCUCUUUCUCUGUAAAUUUCGUCCCGCUCUCCUCUCGUCGCCGAGUCGUCACGCUCCUCUCUCUGAAUCUGUCGUCGCCCCUCUCUCUGCCCCCUCCCCCUUUCUACGAAACCCCUGCCCCUGUUUAAAAACAAGGAAAAAAAUUAAUAUCAACCAACAAGCAGACUCCACUCACAUUGCCGCUGCCCGUAUCCAACUCUGGAGUUCCCCCAAUGGCGCCGUCCGAACCCUGUGCCAAAGCGGAUUCUUCCACUACUCCUUGAAACCCUGUGAAGGCAGAGCAGAAUGUGUCCAGCCGCGGCCAUCGCAACACUGACUGACCCACACACUCAUUCAGACACCCUCACUGACACAAGCAGACUCACUCAAUGACAGACACACACACACACACACACAAAAUUAGCCCUAACCCGUAAAUUAGGCCAUCUCUGCUCUGCAUUUCUGAAUAUGAUGCAGUGUGCUCUGGAAUAACAAACCUAUUUCUCAACUUUAUUAUGAAAUGGGAGAAACUAAAGCUAGAUAUAUAUACAGGGAUAUCUCCCCUUGCCACUGUAUAUUUGUGGACUGAACAUACUUCCUUACCCAAUCCAUUUAUAGUAGUUAUGCUUGUUUUUUUUUGUUGUUUUCUUCUUGAAUAUCGGUUGUUUGGAUAUAAUAAGGGCACCAUGCUAUUCGAGAUUUGAUAAAAGACCUACCAUCUUUAGCCUACUUAAACGUGUAAUUAAGAAUUAGGAUGGUUUAUCGGUUUGCUAAUUUUUAUUUUUUUCUUCUUUCAGGUAAAUGGAUGGGACAUGACUAUGGUGACACAUGACCAAGCUCGAAAACGACUGACCAAGAAAAAUGAGGAAGUUGUCAGACUCCUCGUGACAAGGAAGUCUUUGCAAGAGGCAGUGAGACACUCCAUGAGACAGUGAGGAUCUUGCUUGACAACCUGAGCCAACCUAAAUCUCACACUAUGACACCACUUUACCUAAAGGAAGACCUUCAAAGACCUGAAAUAUUUGAGAAGUUAAGCAAACUUGCCAUGCAUUUUGUGUUGAGCCUGAUUUGCGAUGAGAUCAACCAAACUUGCUGACUUCCAAACCUGAGAGUGGGCAACAGCCUUCCUCUUACUGCUGUUGGCCUACAUUUCCAAAUAUAUCUUAACCUAAAGUAAGGCUUGCCAUUUGUGUUGCCUGGAUAGCCUUGUUUCAAAGCAUGAUAUUCCUGGCUGCUGAAGAAUUUCAAAGGGCAGUCUAUUUUUGUUUUUUUCUGCACACACUAAUUACUCUAAAACCGCUUUGUCACUUUGGUCUCAUAUUAACAAGGCUUAACAUUUCAGUUAAAAGCAACAAUGUUUGUCCGCAUUGCCCUGUUUAGUAAAUUUAGAUAUUUUGGAUAUAUAGUGAAAUAAGGCUUCCUUUGUGAGAUGGAUUGCUGUAUUUCUGGUGGUCCUUUGUUAUAUUUAUAUAUGUAUUUUGCUAAGACCCAACAUAUAUAUUUGCAUAACAAUCAAAGUGUGAAUGAUAGUCUUGGCACCAGUGGUUAUUUCCAUAAAUAGAAGUGAGCGAGGUUAGUUUUAAUAAACAAUCAGUAAUUUCAACUAUGAAAGCAGCGCCACUUUUAAGAUUUUAUUAGAAUCAUUAUAAAUUGUUAACUUUGGCAUAAAUUGAUGUUGUCAUGAAUAGAUCUGGGAAUAUUUUUAGUAUAUUUGGGAUAUGGUAAAUUGCAAAACCAAUGCCUUUUUCAUUGUUCAGUUACACAGGUCAUUUUUUUUUUUUUUGCUAUCAGAGAGCACAUUCAUGGCUCCCCAGAGUAAAACAAAAAAAAGUGAUGUGUCCGUAGCAUUGAGCAACAGACCAAAGACAGACUGCAGCAUAAAAAAAACACUACAGCAGAGUUUGUAAAAAUAUAUACUUCUCAAAACAUAAAAAAAAAGACAACAUGGGGGGGGUGGGGGGGGGUCUUGUUUCGAAGACCUGCAACUUUAGUUUGUAAAUCAGUCCUAAAGGUCCAAAGUGCUGAUGGUUCUGGGCUGAGAGUCCAGCUUGUGAGAGAGACCCUGUCUCAGGAACUGGGGACCUGACAAAGGGAAUGCUUACUUUGCAUGGAAAUCUAUGAAUUGGCAGAGCAUAUUCACAGUAUUAGACCACUUGUACUUUUAGUGGCUCCCUCUGCUCAUUCAUUAUUGAUCGAAAGAUUAUUUAUAAAAUCUAAGCAAAUUCCAAGAUUUAGUCCAUGUAAUCCAUGGAAUGUUAAAUAGUUAUACCACUAUUUUUCCAUCAGAUAAUCUUUUUUGGCUUUUUACAAUCUAUACCGUGAAAGAUGUUGGGGUUUAUUCUAUAAAUACCUCAUUGUAGUAAAGUGAAACCUUUUUAGCUCACGAGAUCUAUAUCUAACUUGCGAACAAAGCAGGCAAUCCGUGUAUUUUCUUGAAACCUAGCCAAAACAUCCUCUAUUGUGACCUAAAUAUUACAAUUUGGUUCUAUCUACUAUUCUUUUCAGUAAAUUAUUUACUUAAGGGGACACUCCACUUAAAAUCACUGAUUAGUAAAUAUACCCCAAUGAAAACAUGCAUUCAUCUUCGCAAGGCAGGUGCUCUAAGCAACUGCCUUUCUCUUGUGUUUAGCUCCACUGAGCUAAAUUACCAGGAAGUAACAUGACUAGUCUGACAGCCAGGGGAGUGUAGGUAUUUUUUAUUUUUAAUGGACCAAAUAUAUGGGAGAAUGUAAAAUGGUUGCUAGGCUAAAUGCUAAUUGAGUCCCUUUCUGCUCUACAGGCCUGUGUUGUAUUUCUGCAGACACUAAUUUCAAAAGGUAUAUAAGUAACCUGAUUGUAUUUUUUUUUUUUGUAUCCUUACAAUUUUUCUCUUGUGACUUGUAAAUAUUAACAACCAAAACGUCACUGCGGGCGUGUGUAGCUUGAUGGGCGAGCUUUGUAUUGUGAAUGUUUUUGUAACAAACUGUAAGUGCCUACUUGUAACACUGUAUGUGCACUACAACUUAGAUGUUCCUGAUACAAUCAGAUUGUGCUAAAUCCUUUUCAUUGAAUGCUUUGUGGACCUUGCCGAUUGUGCAUCGGAUGUUUUUAAUACUGAAAAUAGAUUGUGCCAGCCAGCAUGCUGUGACGAUACAGCACAGCUGCUAUAAGACCUGUAUAUGUAUACAGAUUUGAAGAGGUGGUGUUUAUUUUUCAUACCUUCUGCUACUUGGUCCAACCAAUAUGGAAAGCCCUGUGUUUUGUAUUUUUAUAAGAACUAAACCAGUUUUAUUUUGUUCUAAAUCUGUCAAUUUGCUGGGUUCUACUGGAUUUCAACUGUAAAAAUAUAUGUAUAUUUUCUCCUAAUUUGCAUAUGCAUGUGAGCGAAUUACUUUCUCAUUCUUCUAGUUACUUGUUUUUUGGAGGGGAGGUGGGGGUCCCUCUUUGUUGCUGGUAAAACAAAACAAAAUCUGCAAACCGAUCCUGAUCUCUGUUUGCUUUGGUAUGACUUUUUUAAUGAAGGUUGGCCAAAGAAACUACAGCUCAUCAUCCAUAGUCUGGUAUGCUGGGAGUAGCUGUCCCAAAAACUGUGAAUCUGUUUCUCGUGUCUGAUGUAGAGGUCGAUCAGACAGAUCCAUGGAGCUCUCUGCUGCUGGAUUAAUCAGUGGUAUAACUAAAAUGCUUUGAUUAUCUGUGAUGGCAUAGCUUGUGCUGCAAUUUAUGCUUAAAGUGUUACUCUAACCACAAUGACCACUUCUGUUUAUUUAGAAAUGGUGAUGGGAAUCUGUAUGUGCAGCGUUUCUGAUAUUUGCACUGGGGGCUAGUUGCAUCCUGGGCACAUGUGACGUAGGCAGCCUGGAAAAUUCACAUCAGUCGUCAACGUACUGGCAACAGAUUUCAGUUAUUCCUUUGCAGACAGUGUUCAUUCAUAUAUUUUUUUAAAUCCCCUUCCUUGUCCAACCUUUCCUUCCCCUGCCUGACAUAAAUCAGGCAUUUGAUAGGACAACUAUUGCGCACUUGAUCAAACAGCGAUCACACACAGCAGACAUCAGACAGGGCAUGUUAGGCAGCGCUGGUUUCCAUAUAAGUUUAACUUUUUAAAUUCAGGUCUAUAAGUGGUGCGGGGGGUGGGGAGGGCUUAGUAAUAAUGACCAGUAGGGUAUUAUAAGCUAAAAAUGAAAUAGUCAUGCUAACCACUCUUCUGUACAUUUCACAAAUUGUUUCUUUUCUGUCUUUGUACAGAUGGAUUGUUUUGUCACAUUAUUUAACUUCUUUAAACUUUCCUCUAGAGCUGUGAUGGUGUAUCUUGUCAUGUGACAGAUGUUUGUGAAAUACAUUUCCCUUGAAUCUCUGCCAUCCUUCAGUGGCAAGGUUGUAGCCAUAACUAAAGUCUGUGAAGUAGUGUUUGUGAAAGCUACUUUUUACAGAUGAUACAUUUUGCACUCUAAUGCUUUAAUUCACCAAUAAUCACUUGAUUUAUUCACUUUCACUUGUGUUUUGUUACUAUGUAUCCUGAUUUGAUUGCAUGCAAGCAAUAGUGUAUUUUAAUCCUGUGUUAUACUAUAUACAACUGGCAGUUUGUUUUUUGUGCGCCUGAGCGAAAUCCUAUUGAUAGCAUUGUAAUGACCAGUAAUAUCUGCUGGUGGUUGGAGGUGGCUUUGAUUUCCUUUUAACUCUUUCUAUAUGGAAGAACACAGAUUAACUGAAAGCCAUUCUUUCCCUUCUUAUUUCUCUCAACCGAUCCCCGAGGCACACAAACGGUCCAGGAUGUAGGUAUUUCUCAUGUUUGUUCCAUUGGGCAUACUAGCAUAACCCAGACUAUAAGUGUGCCCUGAGGCAUGGGUUGGAAACCACUGUUAUAAAAAAAUACGUGAAGACUCAGUUAAUUUGGAUGCCUUACAGCAGUUAUUUUGUAUUUCAACUUCCUCUGAGAGGAAAAGAGUUAGAACUGUCAAUAACAGAAUUUAUGCAAUUGGCACCAACAUGAAUCAGAAGGCUCCAAAAGCUUCUAUUUUACAAUGUUUAUUUUGGUAGGGAACUGUCAGAAAUGAACAGGGAACAUACAGAAGGUAACUAUUUAUUUAAAUUUGGAUGUUUCGUUUCCUUUCUGCCACUGUGUUAGUUUAGCGACAGGUGUGAGAAUAUCUACGAUGUAAUUAAGAUUAGGGGUUUAGUCAAUAAACUGGAAGUUAUGAGAAAUUAACAAGGGAAUUGCAAAAAAAAAAUUUAAUUUUAAAAAUAAAAGAUGGGGGAAAAUUUUCUAUAUGUAUGUUUCACACAUCCGCUGACACGCCAAGACUAAAUACUGGGUACUGUUUGUAAACUGAGCUCAAUCACGUAUGUAUUAUUCAAUUGAAAAGGGCACAAGACAGUUAAAAACCAUGCUAGUUCUUGUAUUUGUCUUCAGGAAAGAAUAGUUGUAGUGUAUCUUUAAUAGUCUUAGUCCUGCUAUAUUUUGAUGCCUAUUUACAUCCAGAUGUAAGAAGGGAAUAACUAAUGAGACUGCUUGCUGCAAGUCUAAGUGCCUCCUGUGGAAUAUUGGUAAUUUUGCUUGUGGAUGUGGCCAUAUACAAUAAAAAAAAAAAAAAAAAAAUGAUCAACUUUGGCACUCCAACUUUUCUGGACUACAUUUCCCUUGAUGACUCGCCAGCCAUAAGGCAAGUCAUUACAUGUUUAUAGAGUUUUGAGAGCUGUAAAUUUAGAUUCUCUGGUUGCUGUUAAAGAACGGAUAGGUUACAGCGCCCUCUAGCAGUUGCAGGUCCAAUAUCCAUAGUGGGCAUUGCAGCCAACACACAGGCUUAGAUCGGUGCCUUGCUGUUCAAAUUUAAGAUGGCAGGUCUAGGGUAUUGGUUUAAAGUGGUGCUUUCUGUAAUCUGUUCACGCAGCACAAAUCUCACUGGAAGCAUGAAACCUCAAGUCACGAAGAUAGCGCUGUGGCUUUCUGUCCAAGAUUUCUGUUCUGGGUGCCAAAUAUUUUUAAACCUUUUUGUAAAUUAUUGGGGAAAAUCUUUGUUAAACUGUUUUUCAAUGUGUUUAUGCUGAUUAAAGAUCUGCUCUUGCUUGUAAAUAUGUUUGUUCUCUUCAUUUUAUUGGUAAAUCUAAUGUACAUUC